AAUUACGACUUUACCAGUGAAUCGCAAUGGCGCCAGCGACAGCGCUCCUAAGAUCUCCGACCUCCGCCUCUCCCUCCCCCCUUCACCGCCUCCCAACCUUCAGAAACACCUCCUCCCCCCCUAAUCAACAGCCCGCUGCCGCCUCUCCACUCGACUCCUUCGCAUCUGAUCCCAUUCUCUCAUCCUUUCUCUCACCUGAAUUCUCCCCUUCCUCCUUCUCCUCGGCAGCGCUAUCCUCCGGCUCUCCAGCCUCCACCGCCGAGCAUCUCGAUCAUGCUAUUGGCCUGCUUGAGUCUCAGCUCCGAUCCGAGGUUCUUUCUCGCCACGACGACCUGCUUCACCAGCUAUCCUCCCUCCAUCACGCUGAUCAUGCCCUAUCUUCGCUUCGAUCAUCAGUUUCUUCCUUGCAAGCCUCUCUUCGGUGCGUUCGGUCUGAGUUAUCGGAUCCGAUCGCUCAAAUACGAUCGCAGUCCCUCCAGCUCUCUAAUCUUCACUCAACUACUGAGCUCCUCUCCCACACUAUUCGCGCCCUACGCUUGUCCAAGAAGCUUCGUGACCUCGACACUGAUCCCGAUAAGAUGGAUCUUGCCAAGGCUGCUCAGCUCCACUACGAGAUCCUUGGUAUGUGCGAAGAGUACGGUCUCAUUGGAGUUGAUGUCAUCGACGAGGAGCUCGUUUGGGUAAAAGAGAUUGGGGUGAAGCUGCGAAGUGAAGCGAUGAAAGUUUUGGAGAGAGGAAUGGAGGGGUUGAAUCAGGCGGAGGUGGGAUCUGGGUUGCAGGUGUUUUACAAUCUCGGAGAGUUGAAAGGGACUGUGGAGAUAUUGGUGAAAAAGUACAAGGAAAUGGCAGUAAAAAGUAUUGGCGCUGCAUUGGAUAUGAAGGCAAUUACAGGCGGAGGCAGCGGAUAUGGGCCUGGAGGGGUGAGGGGCAGUGGGACGCCGCAGAUUGGUGGUGGGGUGAAGGCCAUGGAGGCGCUGUGGCAGAGGAUGGGAAGCUGUAUGGAUCGGCUACAUUCAAUUGUUGUCGCUGUGUGGCAUUUGCAGAGGGUCUUGUCGAAGAAGAGGGAUCCAUUUACGCAUGUGUUGCUGCUUGAUGAGGCUAUUAAGGAGGGUGAUUCCAUGUUCACUGAUCGAGUCUGGGAAGCAAUUGUAAAAGCUUUUGCGGGCCAAAUGAAGUCUGCUUUCACAGCAUCAAGUUUUGUCAAAGAAAUAUUUACCAUGGGGUAUCCAAAGCUCUUGUCAAUGAUAGAAAAUUUUCUUGAAAGAAUUUCACUGGACACAGAUGUCAAAGGGGUUUUACCUGCUAUUAGUUCUGAAGGAAAGGAUCAGAUGGUUGCAGCUAUUGACAUAUUCCGGACAGCUUUCUUGGCUCUCUGUUUAAGUCGUUUGUCAGAUCUUGUGAAUUCCAUCUUUCCAAUGUCAAGCCGUGGAAGUAUUCCUUCUAAAGAACAAAUAUUAAAAAUUAUAUUGCGCAUUCAGGAUGAGAUUGAAGCAGUUCAGUUGGAUGUGCAUUUGACUCUUCUUGUGCUGCGUGAAAUUGGCAAGGUUUUACUUCUGCUUUCACAACGAGCUGAGUACCAGAUUUCUACAGGUCCCGAAGCUCGCCAAAUAACGGCUCCCGCUACCCCAGCCCAAGUCAAGAACUUCAUAUUGUGUCAGCAUAUGCAAGAGAUUCAUACACGCAUAUCAUCUAUGAUUACUGGACUUCCCAGUAUUGCCUCGGAUGUCUUGUCACCCGCACUGGGUGCAAUUUAUGGGGUUGCCUGUGACUCCGUCACAUCCUUGUUCCAAGCAAUGAUUGACCGUCUUGAAUCUUGCAUCCUGCUAAUUCAUGAGCAGAACUUUGGUGUUCUUGCUGCAAUGGACAACAAUGCUUCACAUUACAUGGAAGAGUUGCAGAAGUGCAUUCUUCACUUUCGUAGUGAGUUCCUAUCCAGGAUGUUGCCUUCGUCAACAACUGCUACAUCCACUGGAACAGAAACUAUAUGCACCAGGCUUGUUAGAAGCAUGGCUUCUCGAGUUUUGAUAUUUUUCAUUAGGCAUGCUUCUCUUGUGAGACCUUUAUCUGAAUCUGGAAAACUGAGGUUAGCUAGAGACAUGGCUGAACUGGAGUUAGCUGUGGGCCAAAAUUUGUUCCCAGUAGAGCAACUCGGUGCACCCUAUCGAGCCCUUCGAGCAUUUCGGCCUCUUAUUUUCAUGGAGACAUCGCAAUUGGGAGAGUCUCCUCCUCUUCUUCAAGAUCUGCCGCUAAGUGUCAUACUUCACCAUCUUUAUUCUCGAGGCCCCGAUGAAUUGCAAUCACCACUGCAAAGGAACAAACUUACACCUCUGCAAUAUUCAUUAUGGUUAGAUUCUCAAGGAGAGGAUCAAAUCUGGAAAGGUAUCAAAGCAACUCUGGAUGAUUAUGCUGCAAUGGUUAGGACAAGAAGAGACAAGGAGUUCAGCCCUGUAUAUCCUCUUAUGCUUCAACUAGGAUCGUCUCCCACAGAAAAUGCUCCUGUUUCACUAAAGCCUUGAUGGCUGGUGUCCGUCUCGUUGACUAGAAAUUUUUGCAUUUACUAGAAUGUUGUAAAUGGCCACAUUAGGAAACCGGAGAGUUAUUCUAGUUUUGCUACCGAGUUUAAGUUAAAGCUGCUUUACUUGAUAGACAAGAUUAUUCUUUUGUUAUUGAUUUUUCUAAAGAAGCUAUUUUCUUAAUUGCUUUGUUUGGUAUGCUCUCCAUAUAAGAAUUUUAUUAAGUUGAUUGGCAGAAUGAAUUUGGUUGUUCUAA